AUGGACGAAAAUGAAUCAUCAAAACUAAUGACGCAGUUAAAAGAGUGGAAUUUGAGCUUUUUAUAUCAAACUUGUGUUGAUGCACUGGUUGAUACAGAAGCAUUUGAAUACAUUACACCUUCUCAAUGUGACACUCUAUUGGCAGGUUUUCCUUUUGGUAUCCGAAUAAAAUUUAUUGGGAAGUUGAUGAAAACUCGGUCCACAAAUAAGGAUAGUCAAAUAAAUGUGUGUACAUGUACACACAAUAAUAAUAGAGAUGGCCAUUUAAAGGUGGCAGUUCAUGGUACUACUACAGUUAAUAUCGAUAAGCCUGUAUUAAGUUUAUGUGAGGUCCUUGGGUCUUCAUAUCAAGGAUGCUUGGUGCUUGACCAUUUUAAAAAAAAAAUGGUUUUUUAA